GCACCCCACACGCACUUCAUCCUUUAAAAGCACACACCACCCCUCUCCAGGGAGAAGAAAAAUCCCCAACAAAAAAACAAAAGAAGAGCUUGAUGCCAUAGGAGAGCACAAGAGCUCAACCACACACACACACACACAGAGAUUUUGACUAUUAAUUUUCAUCGUCUUUGGUUUUAAGUUGGUGUGUGUUCUUCCAUGGCCGGCCUGAGUGUCCUUCUUGAGACACACAAGAACGAUCACCACCCCAACAUGAGGCCUCCCCAAAUCAUCAGCAAGGCCACCCUCCAUAGCCACCCAGAGACGAUGUCCUCCUCCUCUCCGGCGACUGCGACGACGGCGACGAUGAGCUCCUUCUUGCAGCGCUGCUUCCUCUGCCGCAGGGAGCUCGCCGACGGCAAGGACAUCUACAUGUACAGAGGGGACAGAGCGUUCUGCAGCGUGGAUUGCCGGUGCAAGCAGAUCUUCAUGGACGAGGACGCCGCCGCCGCCGGCGGCAACUGCGCCGCGGUGCGCGCCGGCCGGCGGCGGGCGGCCGUACCGCGCGAGCAAACCGGCGCCGGUGGCUUCGCGUACUGAUCGAUCGAAUCAUCGAUCAGCCCAGCCGUACGCGCGCGCGCACGUAGAUUAAUUAGCACAAAUGAAACGAAAAGCAGAAGAUAUCAAGCACGACGAUUUGGGGAAGAUCAAGAUGCUUGAUUCAUCAUAUAAUAAUAAUAAUUUAUUAUUCACUCGCCAAUGAAAAUGUACUGGUUGAUUAAUUAAAUCCCUUUCUUUGGAGAAUGGAUUCAAAUCGAGCAUGGAGUGGAGUACGUGGCAGCUCAUCUGCGUGGGGCCCACGUGUAGAUAUGUGUACAUACGUGUCUCCUCUCCUGAUCCUCUGCUGGUCCUGGAGUAGCUGUAAAUAAGGGAUAAGAUGGGCCAAGGCUGGGACACUCUUGGACCCUCUCCUCUUGAAGCGGAUCAUGACCGUAAUUAACGGCGACAAUGCUCUUUUUUAAAAUACUCCAUGUCUUUGUUGAUUA